AUGAAUCCACAACCGCCAGAAUUGAUACAGCAAAAUCGGUUGCAGCUCAAGGCUACUAUAGAGGCUGUAAGAUUGUUAGCAAAGCAAGCACUUGCAUUUAGAGGUGAUGUUGAAUCUGCUGAGUCAUCUAAUCGUGGAAAUGUUGUUGAGAUGGCGGAUUCCUAUAGGAGAAUGAAUGAGGAAGUUGCAAAAAUCACCUUAGAAAAUGCCCCUCGAAAUGCUACUUAUACUUCACCAAGGAUUCAAAAAGAAAUUCUGAGUAUUCUUGUCAAUAGAGUUAGAAGAAAAAUUAGUGAAGAGGUUGGGGAGGCUAAGUUUUGUUUGCUUGUUGAUGAAGCACUUGAUGAAUCAAGGAAGGAACAAAUGGCAAUUAUCUUGAGAUUUGUUGAUUCUCAUGGGUUUGUUCGUGAACGAUUCUUCUAUGUUGUAAGUGUUAGCGAUACUUGUGCUGGAACUCUUAAGAGUAAGAUAGACAAUGUUCUUACUGAAUACAAUCUUCAAGUUGAAAAUUUGCGUGGUCAAGGAUAUGAUGGUGCUAGCAACAUGCGUGGUGAGUGGAAUGGGUUGCAAGCACUAUUUUUACAAAAGUGUCCAUAUGCAUACUAUGUAAAUUGUUUUGCCCAUCGCCUACAACUAGCUUUAAAUGCUGCAGCUAAAGAUAUGGGUGUUGUCUAUUUAUUCUUUCAAAUGCUGACUAGUAUCAUUAAUGUUGUUGACUCAUCUGCUAAGCGUGUUUCUGAGUUAAAAUCUAUUCAAGAAGUUGAAGUUGUUGAACAAAUUGCUGCUGGGGAACUUGAAACUGGAAAGGGAGCUAAUCAGACAUGCAAUUUGGAAAGAGCUAGAGCUACAAGGUGGAGCUCAAGGUAUUAUUCUAUCAAGAACUUGAUGAAAUUGUAUAACUCAACUAGUUCAAUUUUGAAAAACAUGAUAGAUAAUGGACUCAAUGGAAAAAUACGUGGAGAGGCUUUAGGUGCUUCUAAAGCUCUAAGAUCAUUUGACUUUGUGUUUUGCUUAUUGUUGUUGGACAAAACUAUGGGAAUCACAAAUGCUUUUUGUAAGUCGCUGCAAGAACAGUCUCAAGAGAUCAUAAAUGCUAUGAAUCUAGUUUCUAGUAUGAAGGGUCGUCUUAAAAAGUUGAGAGAAGAUGGUUGGGUUGAUUUCUUUGCUAGUCUUAUAUCGUUUUGUGACGCACAUACAAUUGAUGCUCCAGAUUUUAGUGCUCGCCAAAUGGAAGGUACGGGUCGUCUUUCUCAACAACAAAAUUGUGUCACUAUUGAGCAUUAUUAUCGUGUUGAAAUAUUCAAUGCUGUAAUUGAUUUUCAAUUGAUGGAACUAAACAGUAGAUUCAAUGAGCAAACAAGAGAACUCCUGAUUCUUAGUUCUGCAUUGGAUCCUCGAUUUGAUUUUCAAUCAUUUGACAUUGACAAAAUUUUUUGUUUGGCUGAGAAAUUUUAUCCUCAUGAUGUGCCUGAUUUGAAUGAUCUAAGAGACCAGUUGGAGCAUUUUGAGUAUCAAUUCUUUGAACUUUCAGAAUUUCAAGAUUUAUGCACCCUUUCUGAGUUAUGUCAAGAAUUUGUUAACACAAGGACCCCAUUGUUGUUGAUUAAGAGACUAGUCCGUCUAGUGAUGACUCUUUCUGUUUCUACGGCUACAACAGAGAGAGCAUUUUCAGCCAUAAAGCUCAUUAAGAACCGACUUCGAAGCAAGAUGAGUGAUGAUUUUCUUGUAGAUUUAAUGACAAUGCAUAUUGAGAGAGAAAUUGUUGAUACUAUUGAUUCAAAUUUGGUUAUAGAUGAGUUUUAUGCUUCAGGUAACCGAAGAGCACAACUUAAGUAG